UGUUUCCACUAAUGCAGUCAGCGGUGUCGCGUUCUAUUAAUUUGUUCCGCUGCGGCUUCCGUAGUUAGCUACACACUGAGAGCGCUUUGUACUAGGUUACAUUCAUUGAGCAUCUCGUCAAGUUUAGCCUACAGUGAAUGAACUAGGCUGUGUUCUGAAUGGCGAAUGACAGGCUGAGAGCGUUAGAAGAUGUGGAGAAGGAGAUUGCUUUAGUGCUGCAGAGCGCAGGAACGAUCGUGCUGGAGCUUUCUAAAGAGAAAGCCAAUGCCAGUUUAUUAGACCGACAGCUGAACCAGUUCCAGACCUCCAUCAACAGAGUGGAGAGUGAACUGAGUUCACAGAUCCGAUAUCUGACACAGGUAGCAACAGGUCAGCCUCAUGAGGGAUCGACAUACUCGGCAAGAAAGGAUUGUCAGAUGGCCCUAAACCGUUCAGAGUAUGCCCGCGUCAAACUGGGAGAGCUGGGACGCACCUGUGAGAUAAUGCUUGAUCCGCAGACGUAAAGACACAUUAAAUGGACUGUUGCUUUGCAAUAUCUGCCAGCUGACUUCAUAAGUAUCCACAUGCAUCAAAAACUUUUUGAAUACGGUCUACAAGCCAACAACACUUUUAAAAAAUUUUUUUUGUAUUAUUAUUAUACACAAAACUAGUGAUUUUGCUUACAAUAUCACCAAAGCUUUUGUCUUAUUAAGAAUUGUUACAUGUUUUAAUUUCUGUAAUCACUUUUUUUAUAGUUAUGACUUAAGAACAAUAAAAUAUUUUUUCACUAGUA